AUGCUGUGGCAGCCUCUCCAGCGUCGGCUCCUUCUUGCCCGGGCGCAUCGCGAGGCUGUCCGGCCUGAUCGGUAUGCCCGAUGUCGGCCAAGGCUAUCGUUCGUCAGCCAGACACGCAUGCUCUCGACCUCCUCCACGAGCUUCCCAACCUUUUCGCAAUUUAACCGGUCAGAUUUCACAACACAGCCAUUCACCGGGAGCUAUGAGACAGGAUUGCCGACGACCGGACCCCUGGGCUCCACGCCAGCCUUUGGCGCCCCCAGGAUUACACCGAAGGUGCUAAAGCAGUAUCUAGAUCAAUAUGUCGUGGGCCAGGAUCGCGCGAAGAAGGUUUUGAGCGUCGCGGUCUACAAUCACUAUCAGCGAGUGCAGGAGCUCCAGCGUCGCGAGGAGGAAGCGGAAGAGCUGCUAGCGAAAAGGCAACGGAGGGAAGCACUGGAAAGCCAUCCCUUGGAAGAUGAAUUUCCCGGCCAACAACGAACCGUUGGUCUCCCCAAUAGCUCCAAACCACGCCCGAAUAGCCUGCUGGAUCAUGGGGAACUAGUCGACACGUCCCCACUGCAACUCGACAAGUCAAACAUCUUACUUCUGGGGCCGUCCGGCGUGGGCAAGACGCUGAUGGCGAAAACACUUGCCCGUGUUUUAUCCGUUCCAUUCAGCAUCUCCGACUGCACACCGUUUACGCAGGCUGGUUAUAUUGGAGAAGAUGCUGAAACGUGCGUGCACCGGCUUCUGGCUGCUGCGAACUAUGACGUUGAGCAGGCGGAGCGAGGUAUCAUUGUGCUUGACGAGGUGGACAAGAUUGCGGCAGCGAAAGUGAGCCACGGCAAGGACGUUGGCGGCGAGGGAGUCCAACAAGCUCUCCUCAAGAUUAUCGAGGGCACCACAAUCCAAGUGCAGGCCAAGCCAGAGAAGAACCCUCGUUCGACCAGUCCUCCAAACUCGUACCCAUCGAAUAGUCCGCUGGGCACUACACCUUUCCAACCGCACAACAAUACCCCAGCGGCUAAAGGGGAGGUCUACAAUGUGCGCACAGACAACAUUCUGUUCGUGUUUUCGGGCGCAUUCGUGGGGCUGCACAAAGUAGUUAUGGACCGAAUCUCGCGUGGCUCAAUGGGAUUCGGUCAACCGGUUCGGGGAUCGUCGAUACUGGGUGGCCUACCGGGCACAUCUAAUGCGUCACCCGAUGAGGCCAAGCCAAUCUUACCAGGAUCCGAAGAAGAAGCGUUAUACAAGAAACACCUCCCCUUCUUCACCUCAGCAUCUCCAACCUCACAAAGCAGCGAGCCCACAUACUUCAAUGCCCUCGACCUUCUAACUCCAGCAGACCUGCAAAGUUACGGGUUCAUUCCCGAAUUGAUUGGCCGGAUACCCGUCACCGCCGCUCUGUCAACACUAACACAGCCCUUGCUUCUACGCAUUCUCACCGAACCCCGCAACUCCCUCCUAGCCCAAUACACAACCCUCUUCUCGCUCUCAGGUAUCGAGCUGCGCUUUACAACGCCGGCGUUACAUAAGAUCGCAGCGAACGCAUUCAAGAUGGGAACAGGGGCACGCGCCCUCCGCACAGAGAUGGAAACCAUCCUUAGCGACGCCAUGUUCGAAGCCCCAGGCUCCAGCGUAAAAUUCGUCCUGGUAACUGAGGCUGUGGCCGACCGCCAAGAACAGCCGAUAUAUCUUGCCCGCGGCCAGGGAGGCAAAUUCCACGCUAUGAUCUCCGCGGAGGAGAGCGAGUGGGAAGAGAAGAUGCGGACAGAUAAGAAGAAAGAGAAGAAACCAAAGCCGCAGGCUGAUGUUGACAAUGCACCGCAUGCAUCGAACUUUCAGGAAUAUCGCAAGCGAGCAAUUGGUUAG